UUUCAUGUGGUGGUGAUCCUUUCAAUCAAAAUAAAGUUCAGCAGAAGGUGGGAGAGGCAGGAAAGGGAUCGAAACAGAGGGAGAGGGGCGGAAGAGAGGGUGAGGAAUGUCGUGCUCGCCGUCUUCGGGGUCGGGGGAAGACGAGGGCGUCGACGCAUACCGGAAGGGCGGCUACCACGCGGUUAGGGUCGGUGACGCCUUCGCCGGUGGCCGCUACGUCGCCCAGCGGAAGCUCGGAUGGGGUCACUUCUCUACCGUCUGGCUCGCCUACGACACCCUUUCUUCCAAAUUUGUUGCCCUCAAGAUUCAAAAAAGCGCGAAAGAGUAUACUCAAGCUGCGCUUCAUGAGACGGAGCUUCUCUCAGCGAUUGCAGACGGAGACCCUUCCAAUUCCAAGUGUGUUGUGCGACUACUGGACCACUUUAUGCAUGCUGGCCCCAAUGGGCAGCACUAUUGUUUAGUGGUUGAAUCCCUUGGAGAUAGCUUGCUUCGGUUGAUUCGUUACAACCGUAACAAAGGGAUUGGUCUGAACAGAGUCAAGACUAUAUGUAGAUCGAUAUUGGUGGGUCUCGAUUACUUGCACAGGGAGCUUGGUAUCAUUCACACGGAUUUGAAGCCAGAAAAUGUGCUUCUUGUGUCCACAAUCAAUCCUGCUAAGGACCCUGUGAGGUCCAAGUUCACUCCAAUUCUUGAGCGGCCUGAAGGGUGCCCAAAUGGUGGAUAUCCAUUCAGUAUGAACCAGAAGAAGCUGAAGAUUAUGACAAGAAGGGCAUUGGUGAAGAUUUCUAAGAGAAGAAUGUCAAUGGGAGGCUAUGUAGAGAUGGAGAGAAGCUUGGAUGGGAUUGAUCUGAGGUGCAAGGUGGUGGAUUUUGGGAAUGCUUGUUUGUUUGAUAACCAAAUUUCAGAUGAUAUUCAGACAAGGCAGUACAGAGCUCCUGAGGUUAUUAUUGGGUUGGGAUACUCCUUUUCGGUUGAUAUGUGGUCCUUUGCUUGUAUAGCCUUUGAGCUUGCAACUGGUGACCUGCUCUUUGCUCCUAAGAAUAGCCCAGAAUUCACCGAAGAUGAGUCCUUGAUUUCAGGAUCACUUGGCUCUGAUGAUGGAACUUCUUGGAAGGAUGCCCCGACAGGUGACUCCAUUUUGUUUGUUGACUUCCCUGUUUAUAUGACACUAAUGUUUUUGCCUUUGUUAGUGAAGAUUGCUACUGCAGGAUCUCGAUCAAAGGACCUCUUUGACAGAUAUGGAGACCUGAAGAGGAUUCGUAGGUUGAAAUUUUUGCGCCUGGAUCGCCUUCUGGUUGACAAGUACAAGUUUUCAGAAACUGAUGCCAACUCCUUCAUGGAGUUCCUUUGCCCACUUCUCGAUUUUGAUCCAGAGAAGAGGCCUACAGCAGCUCAGUGCCUGCAACAUCCAUGGCUCAAUGAAUGAGGAGAUUUAUAAGAGCCUAAAGCUGCUCGAGUAUGAAAUAAUUUGAAGAGGUGAUAAAUUUAACGCAACCACCACCAGCUAACAAGUGAAGUUUCAGCAUUUUCACUGACCCGACUUAAUUGUACCACAUGA